AAUUGCUACAAGAACUCUACGACCCAAAACUGCACCGAGUUGUCGCUCGUCACUCUGGUCGAUGUAUCUUUGUUCAUCUUCGCGUGUCUCCUCGCCGCCUUCAUCUGCGCCGGGAAUGCCCUUGCCAUCUGCGCCAUCUGGAAGACUCCUUCGCUGCGCACGCUGCCGAACAUGUACGUUGCCAGUUUGGCGUUUGCGGACUUCGUCGUCGGGCUGGGCUGCGUCCUGCUGGCCUUGUUCCUCCUGCCCCCGACGCGGGUCGCGCUCUUCUUUCGUUACAUCAACCUGUGCGUGCUGAUGCAGGGGCUGAACCUCGGCAUGACGGCGGUGUCCGUCUGCCACAUGGCCCUCAUCUCGGUGGACAGGUUCCUCUACAUCACGCGACCUUACCUAUACGACCGCGUGUUAAAACCGAGGCGAGCGGUCGUCGUUCUGGCGGCAAUUUGGCUGUUUGGUGUCGUUUACAGCUUCCUGCCUCAAUUCAUCUACAAGCCGUACGGCCCGCAGCCGUUGUGCGACGUCACACUCGUACUGCCCAUCGGCUAUUUGUUCUACUCCAGCAGCAGCAUUUACUUUUCCCUCGUCGUUGUGAUCAUGGCGAUGUAUUCCGUCAUUCUGCACACUGCCUUCCGGCAGCAGAAAGCCAUCACCGCGAUCACGCACAAUAUUGCUGGGAUUAAUGGUGAGUUAUUUGUUAGAACGUAGUGGCCUGACCAGAUCUUAAUUUUUUUAAAAAUGCAGUACUUCGUAUCACACAUAAUACGCUCUUUUCUGAACAUAAACAUAGACAUAGACAUAGACAUAGACAUAGACGCGGUGUAUGGCGAACUCUGAAAGGUUUACAGAAAUUAAACUAUUUAAGAAUUCUUGGCUGCUUUGAAUUAUAUCGCAUGAUAAAAUCUUCCCUCGGUUCAACGCGUCACCCAAGACUCAUCCCAUUCACAGGUGUUUAGAAUGUUACAAGACAUUGGUGAGGUUAUAAAUGCGUCAAUGCCAAUCAUCAAGAGCGGCUAACUUUCUCGUCUAGUAAUCUACAUAAUCGAAUACUUCAUGUUGGGUGGGUGUGUCAAAAAAAAAAAAAAAAGAAAAGAUUCUCAGGUUACUUAGGGCACUGAUUUCUUACAUAAAGCAAGAUAAUUCCACCACAACCCAGAUGAGGUUACGAACUUGUAUAUAAAUCACCCCCAAACCUCACCCUUUCAGUUACUCCCGCUGAUUUUCCCACCCAUCAUAUAUUGCUAAUUCUGAAGCGAAUAUUUCACUGACAAAAUGUAGCUGUCACGCAUGAUGAUAGAUUUCUUCAAAUAAAAUCAUUUAAUAACUCAGCCUUUCGUCAUUCCUGUGGUCCCAUAGUAUAAGGUAAAUUGUACCACUCUUCUGCUAAAGCACCCACCCCUAAAGUAACCCAUUGUUAAAGAGAAACACCACCCGGUUUGGGAACCUCUGGUCUAAACUGUAGAAUGAGCUUCAAGCGUUCCAAAGUAAUCGUCCAUGUAGUUCUCAUGUAAGUCAAUUUGUACAUCGAUUUAGCACGUUUAAGUGUUGAUUUAAAAAAAUAAUCUUUUUUGGCUGUACAAAAUUAUUUCUAACUGAUUUGUUUCAUCUUUCCCGUAAACAAUCAGUAAAUCGUCAGGUUUUUUUUUAAAAUGUAAUUGCUCCGUGGAGCAUUAAAUUAUUAAAUUGAGAUUAGCGUUAAAUUAUUCCAACACUUUCGGGAGGUGGGUUGGAGGCUGUGAGAUAGUUUGACUCGUCAUUCUUUUAGUGAAGGCGAUGGGGGGGGGGGGGGGGGGAAGAUUUGAUGAACCUAAAGGAAAAUGAGGUCCCGCGCCUUCUCGGCGUCCGUGAUAAAGUAUUAGGGGAAAGUGUUUGGGGUGGGGACCUGAUAUGAUCUUAAGCGUAGUCUACUUGUUAAGCCGUGAUGUAUAUAACCGAUAACUGAUGGACAUCCCCGAUGGACAUCCCCGACAGCUCCACUCCACACCUAGUAACCAGCCAUCGACUAAUAGAAAUAGGCCACGUAAACAAAAAGAAAGGAAAUAACUCAAAGCCCUUGUUACCUUUAUCCUUGACGGCAAUCAUCAAAGCAAGGAUUUAAGAGAAAAAGUCGUCUUUUGAUGAAAUUAAGUAUGGAUAAAAAAAAUGUGUUUAUAGUACAAUGCCAGCUAUUAGGGUCAGUGAAUGAGCGAUCAAAAAGACUUUAACAUUUCUCAGAAGUGAUAUUUCAAAUGUUGUUGUUGUUUUUUUUAAUGAACUUGAAGGAUGUGUGUAUUUGCCCGGGGGGUGAGGGGCGUGCAGUGGUGUACUUUGAAUAAAUUCUAACCGGGGUCGAAUGCCCGAAAGUCCUCUCCAAACGCACACAUUGAUUCUCUCCAAACGCACACAUUGAUUCUCUCCAAACGCACACAUUGAUUCUCUCCAAACGCACACAUUGAUUUUAUAAUGUUAGGCAUUUGUAGCCCAAAGUGUCUCUCGGGUUAGUCGCAAACUUCGCAUCCCUUUAGUUACGCCAGUGGUGAAGCAAAUGUGUGUAGUGUCCUCUACCUACAGGUCUUAAUACGACCCUGACCCCGCUGAUGAAGAUAUAUUUUAGCCUUUCUAGAAUUGCCAUGCAGUGCAAAAGUUCAAUGAAAAGAUGCACUUACUCUACGAUAAAACAGAAAGUACCCCCCAAAAAAUGAAAAUGUACAUUAAAUUUGAUAUUACACCGCCUAUUUAAUAGUAUCGUGUUUCGAUUCAUAUUAUUUUUUGUUAGGAAUAAAAGGACAAGGAGUUGUGAAAUGUCAGUAAGCGAAAUGUAUAAUUUGCGAUGGAACCAAUUUGUGCUAGAUAAUUUAUCGUGUUUUCAGCUGUUGAUUAGUUCAUGUUUCGAUUAGUCCGUAAGCUGAUUUCGUCGGUAUGUUGAUUAGUACAGCUACAUCUAGUGAUGGGUGAUUACACAAGUCAGCGGUUGUGAUAAAAUUAUCAUUUAACUCGAUGACAACUUGUAAAUUCACAACAUGGUCCGAUUUUUAUUUAUUACAAAAAAUUACAAAAAAUAUGGCUCUUGGUACCCACACAUUACCCCUUAUCUCCCCACCAACGUAGUCUGUGCGUGGUUAAAAUUUCAUUAGACUAACAGUUUUGCUUCACGCCCAUAACUGUUUACUAUUCCCCGAUUCUGAAGGUCAUGGCCGUGGAACGAGGAAGAGCUCACUGAGGAGUGUCAAGUUUUUCAUCAUCGUCUUCGGAGUCUUCUUCAUUUGCUUGACGCCCGUCGUCUGCUGCAUGGCUGUGGACUACUACGUCAAUGUGCCCGGCGACAUCUAUCGUCUGCUCAACCUGCUGGCGCUCACCAAUUCUGGGAUGAACUUCGUCAUCUUCGCGGUUCUCAAGAAACAGUUCAGAUGGGCC